CCACCUACCCUGUGGGGUGAGAGUACUGAUUGGCAGGACUGAACCGUCAAUGUUCAUAAACAGGACAGGGUAAAGGAGGCGAGCUCAGAGUGAUCAGACACCCUGGAGCUAUAGCACCGGCACUGCACUGCCUGCCUGCCUGCCUGCCUGCCUGAAGACUCACAGCACAGCACAGCACAGCCAUGGACUCCUUCUGCAGUCUCAGUGGGCUAGACCCCUUAUGGGACUGGAACCGUACGUGGUACACUCCCAAUCCAGACCUGACCUUGUGUUUCCAGAACACCGUGCUGGUGUGGGCCCCCUGCAUCUACCUCUGGGGAUGUGCACCUUUCUACUUCUUAUACCUUUACUGCAAUGGCCGAGGGUACAUUCGCAUGUCCUGCCUUGGCUUCACCAAGCUGGUUCUUGGAUUCCUUCUCGCCUCAUUUGGUUUUGUCGAGUUCUUUUACAUUUUACUAGAGAGGAGCGCUGAAAUCCAGCAGCACUUGGUCUUCCUCGUUAGCCCGAUGAUUCGCAGCCUGACUGUGGUGCUGUCAGUUUUGCUGAUGCAGUAUGAACGAAUACGAGGCUGCCGGUCUUCUGUCUUCCUGUUUACUUACUGGCUUUUGGCUGUUGUGUGCACUCUGGUACCACUGAGGGCAAAGAUCCAAGUUGCCGUGUAUGAGGGUUUCUCCGUCGAUGCCGUUCGUUAUUUUGCAUUUUUCUCCCAUUUUGCUCUGCUGCUGGCUCAGCUGCUGUUAUCCUGUUUUGCGGACCAAGCCCCUUACUCCAGGGACACCAGUAAAGUCACGAAUCCGUGCCCAGAGCAGGACGCCUCAUUUCUCUCUCAAAUUCUCUUCUACUGGUUCACAGGGCUGGUUGUUAAAGGCUACCGGAAACCAUUAAAGGCAGAUGACCUUUGGUCUCUGAGGCAAGAUGACACCUCAGAGAAGAUCAUCUCUGACCUUGAGAAAGUGUGGACUGUUGAGUGCGCCAAGUUGCUACGGAAAGCAGAAAAUCUGAAUGACAACGCCACACUUGGCUCCAGAAUUCCUGAACAGGCCCAACUCCUUAGAAAACUUAAGAAGGAGCAGCGGUCUGGCUUCUGUCUCUUAAAGGCUUUAGCGAGGGUGUUUGGGCCUUACUUCCUGACAGGGACACUGUUUCUUGUGGUGCAUGAUGUGUUCAUGUUCUCAAUCCCACAGGUGCUAAGUCUGCUACUUGAGUUUGUCAGAGACACUGAUGCCCCCUUGUGGAAGGGCUAUUUCUAUGCAGCUUUGAUAUUCUUGGUUUCUUGCCUCCAGUCUCUCUUCAAUCACCAGUAUAUGUACACCUGCUUCACUGUAGGCAUGAGGGUCAAAACAGCCCUCAUGGGUCUCGUUUACCGCAAGUCCCUAGUUGUCUGCAAUGCUGCCCGUCGGACCUGCACUGUUGGAGAGAUUGUCAACCUUGUCUCCGCUGACACUCAGAAACUAAUGGACUUUGUGGUUUACUUCAAUGCUGUGUGGCUGGCUCCCAUAGAAAUCACCCUGUGCCUUUUCUUCCUCUGGCAGCAUUUGGGCCCUUCUGCCUUGGCUGGCAUCGCUACCAUCAUUCUGAUCUUUCCUUUGAAUGGCGUGAUUGCUAAGCAGAGGAGCAAACUGCAGGAGAAGCAGAUGAAGCACACAGACAUACGGAUCAAGAUCAUGAAUGAAAUCCUCAGUGGAAUUAAGAUUCUCAAGUUUUAUGCGUGGGAGAAAGCUUUUCUGGAGAGAGUGCUAGGUUACCGAGCCAAGGAGCUGCAGGCACUGAAGAAAUCUCAAAUCCUUUACUCCAUCUCAAUUGCCUCCUUCAACUCUUCUACUUUCCUGAUUGCAUUUGCCAUGUUUGGAGUCUAUGUGCUGAUUGACAAGACUAAUGUCCUGGAUGCUCAGAAGGUGUUUGUCUCGAUGGCACUGAUCAAUAUCCUUAAGACUCCUUUGAGCCUGCUGCCCUUUUCCAUGAGUACCACCAUGCAGGCUGGUGUCUCUUUGAAGCGGCUGGGCAAAUAUCUGUGUCAAGAAGAAUUAAAAGCCGACAGCGUAGACAGAGGUCCACCUUCUUCAGCAGGCCACAGUGUCCUGGUUGAGAAUGGUACCUUCAGUUGGUCAAAGGACGGUGCCCCUUGUCUCAGGAGGGUCAAUAUGAGUGUACCUCGAGGAUCGUUGGUGGCAGUCGUUGGGCAUGUUGGCAGUGGAAAGUCAUCUCUCCUGUCUGCUCUUUUGGGAGAAACAGAAAAGAGAAGUGGGAAUGUCUCCAUCCAGGGCUCAGUGGCUUAUGUUCCUCAGCAAGCCUGGAUCCAAAAUGCCACCCUCAGAGACAACAUCUUGUUUGGACGGGAAAAGAAAGAGAGCUGGUACCAGAGAGUGAUUGAGGCAUGCGCCUUACAGCCCGAUUUGGAAAUCUUGCCAGCAGGAGAUGAAACGGAAAUUGGAGAAAAGGGUCUGAACCUCUCUGGUGGUCAGAAGCAGAGAGUCAGUUUAGCCCGUGCAGUCUACAGGAAAGCAGAUAUCUACCUUCUGGAUGAUCCUUUGUCUGCUGUUGAUGCACAUGUGGGUCAGCAUAUCUUUGAUAAAGUCGUAGGACCCAAAGGUGUUCUGAGAGAUAAGACACGAGUACUGGUGACCCACGGCCUAAGCUACCUGCCUCAGGUGGACCUGGUUCUUGUUUUAAUGGAUGGAGAGAUAAAGGAGAUGGGCUCAUAUCAGGACCUUGUGACCAGACAGGGAAUCUUCUCAGAGUUCAUCAAGGCUUAUGUCAGCACUGAACGCAAAGAGACUGGUGCUCCAAAAGGUACCAGAAAGUCUUCCUUACGGCUCAGUGUAACAGAUUACAUGCCUGUCUCGCGAGACCUCUCCAGGGAGCAGCUUGUCAGUGGUGACACGGACAGCCCAGUACUCCAGAAUGUUGAGCCCAGUUCAGAGGUGGACCAGGUCGAUGUGGCAGUGGAUGCUGGGAAGCUGACAGAGGCUGACAGAGCAAAGACUGGAAGGGUUAAGCUUGCCGUCUACAUGGAGUACUUUAAGACGAUUGGCCUCGGUUUCAUCCUGCCCAUCAUAUUCCUCUACAUAUUCCAACAGGCCGCCUCACUCACUUACAACUAUUGGCUCAGCAUGUGGGCAGACGAUCCUGUGAUCAAUGGCACACAGCUGGACACAGACUUCAAGCUGGGGGUUUAUGGUGCCCUGGGCUUUGCACAAGGAAUUGCUAUUUUUGGCACCACAGUGGCCAUUUCUGUUGGAGGGAUCAUCGCUUCACGCCACCUCCAUCAUGAUUUGCUGCACAAUGUCCUCCGCUCCCCCAUGGCCUUCUUCGAACGUACACCCAGUGGAAACUUACUGAACAGAUUCUCCAAAGAGGUGGACGCCAUAGACUGCAUGAUCCCUGAUGGCCUCAAGAUGAUGUUGGGAUACCUCUUCAAGCUGCUGGAGAUUUGCAUCAUUGUUUUGCUGGCCACACCUAUAGCCGCCAUCGUCAUUCUGCCAUUGGGACUCUUCUAUGGGUUCAUCCAGAGCUUCUAUGUGGCCACGUCCUGCCAGCUGCGAAGACUUGAGUCGGUUAGCAGGUCUCCCAUCUACACGCACUUUAACGAGACUGUUCAGGGUGCAAGUGUCAUCCGUGCCUUCAGGGAGCAGCCUCGCUUCAUCCUGCAGACUAACCAGAGGGUAGACGAGAAUCAGAAAUCUUACUUUCCUCGGUUUGUCGCUACCAGGUGGCUUGCUGUGAAUCUUGAAUUUCUUGGGAACACCAUUGUCCUUUCUGCAGCUAUUUUCUCAGUAAUGGCCAGAGGAACUCUUAGUCCUGGGAUUGUGGGUCUGUCGGUGUCCCACGCACUGCAGGUGACUGGAAUCCUCAGCUGGAUAGUUCGCUCGUGGACAGAUGUGGAGAACAAUAUUGUCUCUGUGGAACGAGUGAAGGAAUAUGCAGAUACUCCCAAAGAGGCUGCUUGGACCCUUGAGAACAGCACACUGGCCCCCUCUUGGCCCCAGACUGGCACCAUUGAGUUCAAAGGAUAUGGACUCCAAUAUCGCAAAGGGCUAGACUGGGCACUGAAAGACAUCACCCUCCACAUUCAGGAAAAGGAGAAGGUGGGGAUCGUGGGACGAACUGGAGCUGGAAAAUCCACACUGGCUUUAGGAAUUUUUAGGAUCCUGGAAGCUAACAAAGGAGAAAUCCAUAUUGAUGGUGUCAACAUAGCAGAAAUAGGUCUACAUGAACUGCGGUCCAGGAUUACCAUCAUACCUCAGGACCCUGUCCUCUUUUCAGGUUCUCUGCGCAUGAACCUUGACCCCUUUGAUGUUUAUUCUGAUGAAGAAAUCUGGAACGCACUAGAACUUGCUCAUCUCAAGGGCUUUGUGUCGGGGCUUUCAGAUAAACUGAACUACGAGUGCUCAGAAGGAGGGGAGAACUUGAGCUUGGGGCAGCGCCAACUGGUGUGCCUAGCACGGGCUCUCCUUAGAAAAACCAAGAUCUUGGUACUGGAUGAGGCAACCGCUGCUGUUGAUCUGGAAACUGACAACCUGAUCCAGUCGACGAUCCGAAGUCAGUUUGAAGAUUGUACCAUUCUGACCAUCGCUCACCGUCUUAAUACCAUCAUGGACUACACCAGGGUUAUAGUCAUGGACAAAGGGCACAUUGUGGAGUCGGACGCACCUUCAAACCUCAUUGCCCAGAGGGGUCAUUUCUACAGAAUGUGCCGAGAAGCUGCCCUGGUGUGAUGCCCCCUCAUCCGGUGGAUGCCAAAGGCAACUUGUGAUGUCCCCUCACUGCUCAAAGAGGUGAAAGUGAGUGGGCGUGGAGGCCAGAGGCACAGAGAUGUCCGUCUUGUAGGCGCCUCAGAGCGGAUUUAUUUCAUUCUGAGGGAAGCAUUGUAGAUUUUUUCAUAAUUACAGGUGUAUGUAUCGAGAUAGUGAAUAAAGAGUCAAGGGGGGCGCCUUGUAACAGUGGGGGCUAACGAGCAGUGGAGCCUGGUAAGGCAAGUCACGGUCGCUUCAUAUAGUGCCUUACCAUAGCUGUUUUAUAAUAUCAUUGUUUACAUGCAAUUUUUUAAAGCCGGGGCACAGGCAAGCGAUGUGACGGGGGGGUGGAUGUCAGUCAGGGCAGAGACUGAACCGGCAACCUUGUAGUUACAUUCCCCCCCGAGGGGGGCCGCACUGCAAGAGACAGACAGACAGCCUUGACUGAACUGCAACAAGUGCUGCCGUCCUCCCACCACAGCUGGCAUCUGGGCCCAGCCUUCCAGGAGCGCCCGUAUGCCAAUGUGUGUCUUAAGCCUGUUGGACCUUUCUGGACGAAGCCUUGCACCGCUUCAGCUUACAUUUUAGCUGAAAAAAAAAUGUAACAAAAAUAAAA